UUUCCCCGCAUCCCACCUCUUAUCCUCCUGCUAAGCGUAGAGGGACCAUCGAUUUAGAUAAAAUCAGUAUAAAGCCACCCACCAAUAUAUCCAUUGGAUUAUUUGUUCUUUUAUAUACAUCAAACUGUCUUUAUGUAUUUUCGACUAAUGGUGCUCGCCACUGGUUACUUAUACCUGGUGUACCCGUAUCGAUAGUAACGUUUGGGGUAUUAGCUGGAGCUGGGAUGUUGCUGAACAUAUGGAAUAGAAUAGAAUUGCCGUCUGAGAAUAGAAUUAUGACGAGCGUGAAGUGGCCUAAAGUUGCUCUGUUCACUUUAACAUAUACGGCACAACUGUAUUUUUGGUUUAUGGGAUUGGCGUGGUUAGAGUCUUCAAGGAUAUUAAUGAUAACUCAAUAUUCAGAGAUAUGGAGUAUAUCACUAAUAACAUAUAUACUAGGGAAAGGAAGCGAUUUAAUGGAAAGUAAUAAUAAUCCAACAACGCUGUCUCGUAAAUUUGCUGCUGAUUUUGGUGGAAAUAGGCGACUUUUGGCGAUUGCUGUACCUUUAGGUGCAGUAUUGAUUUCACCUUUGGCUUUUGUUCAAUUUCUUAUGCUGUCACGACAUUAUUUAAAUCAUAUCGGAAGUAUUAACGCGAUUGCUCUCACCUUUGUGGGGCUUGGUUUUGGAUUGAUAUUCUGGAAUUUUGUGGUCAAUUAUUUGGUCUGCUCUCAAAUCUCGACAAUUAAACGUGUAUCGCUCGGCUGGCCUCUUUCCAUAAUUAGCGCUGUUUUAUCGGCACAUAUUUGGUUUCAUUGCGAUUUUUCUAUCGUGGACAUACUUCUAUGUGCUCUUUUUUAUUUUGGUAUAUACACUUUAAUAAGAUCAGAUCCACGCUAUACAAACGAAGUCCACUUUCAAUCAACGGGAUAUAAUCAUAGUCGAUUCGAGUUGCUUCCCCUUCAUGGAAGUAAAAUGAGCUCUACUGUAUCGUUGAAAAGCUCCACGUUAUUGGCCAAUGGUCUCCUCGAAUCAAUAUUGAACAAUGAUGAUUCACGGCAAAUUUUCUACUUUUUAAUAUUGAAUCUAAGUUAUAUGUUUGUGCAAAUGAUAUACGGAAUUUGGACAAAUAGUUUGGGUUUAAUAUCUGAUGCCAUUCAUAUGUUCUUUGAUUGUCUAGCCUUAGGCGUUGGUUUAUUAGCCGCUAUCAUGAGCAAAUGGCCUACUAAUAACAAGUUCACUUAUGGGUAUGGACGAAUUGAGACACUAUCAGGCUUUGCUAAUGGAAUUUUUCUCGUUCUUAUUUCAAUUUUUAUUCUUUUUGAGGCAUUAGCGCGUUUGAUUGACCCACCCGAAAUGAAUACUGAUCGAUUAUUGUUGGUCAGUUUUUUGGGACUUAUUGUGAAUCUUGUUGGCAUCUACUUGCAUAUCUUAGCGGACACACUUGGCUCUGUUGGCGUAAUUAUAUCAACAAUUCUAAUAGAACAAUUCGGAUGGACUGGAUUCGAUCCCUUAGCAUCGAUUUUGAUUGCUGGUCUUAUAUUUAUGAGCGUGAUUCCAUUAUUAAAAAACUCGGCGAGAGUGCUGAUGCUAACAUUAACCGAUAAUAUGGAAAGAAAAGUUGAAGAGGGUUUGAAUGAGAUUCUACACAUUCCUGGUGUUCUAUCGUUCACUAUGCAUCGUUUCUGGCCAAGUAAUGUAAAUUGUUUGGUUGGCAGUGUGCAUAUACAAACAACAGACGAUGUUGACGCGUCAACUAUCACCGAUGAAGUGACAAGUCUACUCAAACUUCACAUAACCGAUUUGAACGAGUUAACCAUACAGGUGGAAAAAAUAAAUGGAUUUUCUUCAAAAUGUUAUUGUUCAACAUUUCUGACAAAUUUUAAUAACAAUAAUAUUGUCAAGCGGAAAAGUAGUUGA